AUGGCCGCCGCCGCCGCCCUCCGACGGGCCAUCGCCCCGGGCCCCACGCUCCUCCUCCGCCGCCAGAUCCUCGUCCGCCUCCUCUCCACCAGUACCCAGCGCCAACCCCAGCCCGCCACCACCACCAGCCCCGCCGAGCUCGCCCGCAUCAAGAACUCCAUCCGCAGCGCCGCCACGGCGCCGGACGACCUGGCCGCGCACUUCCUGCAGGCGCUCCCGCACCCUGCCUUCCUCGGCGACGGCCCGAUCUUCUCCCUCGCCGUCUCGCGCCUCGUCUCCGCCGGCCGCCGCGACCUCGUCACCUCCCUCCUCUCCACCUCCCUCACCGCCCUCCCGGCGCCGCACCCCUCCGAGGGCUUCCUCCUCCGCCUCAUCGCGCUCUACGCGCAGGCGGGCAUGCCCGACCACUCCCUCUCCACCUUCCGCCUCGUCAGGCCGCCCACCGACCGCGCCCUCUCCGCGCUCCUCGCCGCCUACCACGACGCGGGCCAGCACGACCGCGCCGUCAAGGCCUUCCGCGACCUCCCCGCCGAGCUCUCCAUCGCGCCGGGGCUCGUCUCCCACAACGUGCUCCUCAAGUGCAUGGUCGCCACGGGCGACGUCGCAGGCGCGCGCAAGGUGUUCGACGGAAUGCCUGACAAGGCCGGCGUGCAGCCGGACAUCGUUUCCUGCAACGAGGUCCUCAGGGGGUACCUCAAGACAGCGGAUUACCCCGCGUUCGACCAGCUGCUCAAGGAUGUCACGGGCAGCAAGAGGCGGCUCAAGCCCAACGUCACCACCUACAACCUCCGGAUGGCUGCCCUGUGCGCCAAGGGCAGGAGCUUCGAGGCCGAGGAGCUGCUUGACGCCAUGGCUGCCAACGGCGUCUCUCCCAACCGCGAGAGCUUCAACACCGUCAUCGGGGGGCUCUGCAAGGAGGGGGAGGUGGAUGCUGCCACACGGCUGCUCAAAAAGAUGCCGGAGGUGCCGAGGCCGGGCGGGAAAGGCGUCUUGCCCAACUCUGAGACCUACAUCAUGCUGCUCGAGGCGCUGGUCGAGAAGCGCGCGUUUAGCCCUGCACUGGAGGUGUGCAAGGAAUGCUUGCAGAACAAGUGGGUGCCGCCGUUCCAGGCUGUCAAAGGCUUGAUCGUAGGACUGGUGAAGAGCAGGAAGAUCAAGCAUGCAAAGGAGCUUGGCAUGACCAUGAAGAAGGCCGCCAAGGGUGACGCCAAAGACGAGUGGGAGAAGGUCGAGGCUGCUGCGUUCCAACUGGCGCUUGCUGAAAACAAAGCGGUAUUUGCAAUUCUCAACUAAUGGGAGGUCUACUGGAUGGUCAUGUAACGUGAGUUACCAGUUUAUCACAUUGGAUGAUGCAGCUCUUCCUUGUUCUUUGUUGCAAUCCAGAUUUAUAUGUUGUAGUUCGACUUAUUUUCUAAAAUUUUGAUCAAGUGUUGUAUGA